GGCUAGCUGCGACUGAAAGAGGAACAGAGAUGAAAGAAAUCUCCCUUUUCACACACUACUAGAUUUUUGAUACUGGGUUUGCUAUCAAGUUUUCGAUAGAAAACUAUCCUUCACAAACCCAAAACUGUGUGAAUGAAAGCAUAUCUUCAAUAUGUUAUAUCAAAGUGGGCAUUGGAUCCACAGCGGUCGUGAUUAUGAGCGUGGCCGUGAACUUUGAGCUGCAUAGACGAUCUUCGGAGGCGGCAAUUUCUACGAGCGAGGGAGGACACGCCAAUUCCAGUCGUUUCUGUGCAUUUUGGUGCUUCAGGCGUGGCUGUCAAAUGGGAGUGGUAGGAAGAACGACUUUGCGGCUGGCAGAGACGAACUUUUGGAGAGGUUGGAGGCAGGCUUCUGGUGCACGUACGGAGCAAGGAAGUUUGCUCUCUUGGCUGACGUGGAAUAAUGCGCCUGGUGCAGCUGCUGAAAAGCCACUUCUUGAGCCACCUGAUCAUCUGCUACGUGUUCCUGGUCAGCGGCCUCAUCAUCAACCUGCUGCAGCUAUGCACUCUACCCCUGUGGCUGCUCAACAAGCAACUGGCCCGAAAGGUUAACUGCAGAUUGUCCUAUUCCAUCUCCAGCCAGCUGGUAGCAGCAUUGGAGUGGUGGUCUGGAACGGAAUGCAGCCUCUAUACAGACCCAAAGUCUUGCCCUUUGUACGGAAAGGAAAAUGCAAUCGUGGUUCUCAACCACAGUUUUGAGAUAGACUUCCUGUGUGGUUGGACCUUCUGUGAGAGAUUCGGAGUUCUUGGGAGUUCCAAAGUCCUUGCCAAAAAAGAGUUGGCUUACGUUCCUGUGAUUGGUUGGAUGUGGUACUUCCUGGAGAUUGUUUUCUGCAAGAGGAAGUGGGAAGAGGACAGAAAGACAGUUGCUCAAAGUCUUCAGAACCUGAGGGACUACCCUGAAAACUAUUGGUUUUUGCUUUACUGUGAAGGAACUCGCUUCACACCAAAGAAGCACCAGAUCAGCAUGCAGGUGGCCGAGACCAAAGGUUUGCCCAAACUGAAGUAUCAUCUUCUACCAAGAACCAAAGGCUUCUGGGUCACUGUUCAAAACCUUAGAGGAACUGUCGCAGCUGUGUACGACUCCACGCUCAACUUCAGAAACAACGAAACGCCAACUCUGCUGGGUGUCCUGAACGGAAAGAAAUACCAUGCAGAUUUAUAUGUGAGGAGAAUCCCACUGGAGCUGAUCCCAGAAGAUGAAUCAGAGUGUGCUGAUUGGCUCCACAAACUCUAUCAGGAAAAGGAUAGUUUUCAAGAGGGCUACAUGCAGACGGGACGGUACCCCGGCCUCAUAGUGACCCCUCCACGCCGCCCCUGGUCAUUGAUCAACUGGUUGUUCUGGUCCUGCCUGCUCCUGUGCCCACUGGGCCUGCUCUUUGCACAGCUCAUCAUAUCGGGAUCAGUGGUGACAAUAUUGGCUUCAGUGGUGCUCUGCACUGCAGCUUCAGUGGGAGUUCGUUGGAUGAUUGGCCAAACUGAGAUUAACAGAUCUUCAAACUAUGGGAGCAAGACGACUCGUCAAAACAACAAUUGAGGAAGCCAAAAAGCGCUCGGAGAUGAGUCAUGGCACUGCUGCUGCAAAAUGAAGAUUAAGGUUCCUGGCUUUAUAACUGCACUGCUGCUUGCUGCUGCACCAAGUGGCGAUCUGCCCUGAAGCACAAUGCAGGCAGUGUGCACCCAAGAAUGACGUGGACAGUGCUUGGAAGAAUGGCAUUUAACUUGCUUGGGAAAAUGUAGUCAUUUUUGGGCAAGAAUACAUAAUGUCACUGUCAAAUUAAAGUUACAGCAAGCUCAGCAACUACUUCAUCAAAUGUAAGAAUAAUACAGUGAGAACAUUAUGAUGAAAAUCAUCAUAGUUCUGUUCAAAUAGUCACAUAAAAGAAUUGCAAAAAAUUUA